AAGAAAGGAUUGAGCGUGUAUUGCGUAAAGUUCAAAAAGGACAAUAUGGAACGAAAUCAGUACCUAAGCUUACUGCUCCCUUGAAUCAAUCACAGAAUCAAGGGCAAGAACCUUCUCCACCGCCACUUUCUCCAAGAUCACAGAAUCGUACCAGAAUUAGCUCAAGAUUGAGUCUCAUUGAAGUCAUACCGGAAGAACCAGAGCUAUAUCCACCGCAUUUAAAAAAUUUGCACUCAACAACAGAGGAACUGCAAUCCCCACGCGGUCGACAUCCACCAAAUACAAUUCAAAGAACACGAAAACGUUCAUCUUCCGCCACAUCGAAUAAUUCUAUUGGAUCAAACAGCUCACUUAACUCAGUUGCUACAUCAAGCACAUCAACACAAGGGCAUUCACCAGUGCUGGACGGUAAUUGGAUACUUUCGGAUAAUUUGGGGCUGCAAGAGUUGCUGAUAUUAGUGAGAUCGAGAGUGGAUAUAAUUGAGGUUAAGGAAAGGCGACAAAGUGGAUGGUACAUAAAUGAUGAUCCAGAAAAGAUUUUGGAGAUAAUCGGAACUAUAGAAAUUAGAGAGGAAAUUAAAGAGGUGUAUGAAGGCGUUAAUAAUGAAUUGGACGAAUUGGAACAGGAACUGGACCAAAUAAUGGAAAAUGCCAUAAAAGCUUUCUAA